UGGUGCAACAAAUAAAAAGUGAGACAGGAACCCAGAGCAGCAAAGCAUAUAUGGAGAGAGAAAGAGUGAGUGUGUUGACGAGAGAGUUUCACAAAUAAACUCACAAAACCAUGUUUUUCUUCUUCUUCUUGGUCUUUGACACCAUGAAGAAGUAGUAUUAGUAGAUGGAUGUAUAUAGCUUUUCACCCAUUAGAGUUUUUUUUCUUUCUUUCUUCUCUUUUGUUUUGUCUCCAAAAUCCUUAUUUCCCCCGAAAUCUAGAGUAAGAUCUCUUUUUUCAAGUGUUUUUGAAAGGGUGAAAUCUAGUGAGAGCAUUCAUUAAUCUUUGCACCUAUGAGGAUCCGUAAGAGACAAGUGCCUUUCCCUCUCUUGCCGGUGACUCACUCAGAUCCCAACCUGAUCAACCGGUCACCGGUGAUGGUGCAACUCAACGAUGACACCAAAGCUUCUUCUUGCACUACUUAUCAUGGUUCAACCAUCACUGCACCCUCACCCCUCUUGGAUCGCCCUCAGCCGGCCGAUCAGCCUCUCCCACCGAUCGGGAAGCCCACCAACGGCUCUGAUGAGUCCUCCGGAGAAUGGCACAAAAAGCAAGAAGAGUCUUUGGUGGAAGAUGGGAGAAGGAAUGAAGAGGGAGAGGGACAUAAGGGUAAUGAUGCCAGGAAAGGAAGCAUCUCGUGUUCAGAAACGCUAGCUGAAACAUUUUCAUCUCCAAGCCCUCCUAAACAAGAUGGGAGAUGGUUCGAGGGAGAUAAAGCUUUUCCUCUCAAGAAACGAAGAGGGGCCUUCGAGAAUGCAACAGAAGAUGAUAAUAAUAAUAAUGACAAUGAUGACAAGGACAACAAGAAUUUGAAAACAAAGGGGAAGAGAAUGAAGGCAAAGAUAAACCAGAAAUGUUCGAGGCAAGACGACAGCAAAGAAAAAGAAGAGGAAGAAGAGGUAAGAGAGAACGAGGAAGAGGUGGCAACAAGAGCAACAAAACCCGAACAAGCAAACGUUGGUAAGAAGAGGGUAAGGGGUGGUGCACUAAUGGAAGGUUCAAGGUGCAGUCGUGUAAAUGGGAGAGGAUGGAGGUGUUGCCAACAAACCUUGGUGGGUUACUCUCUUUGCGAGCAUCACUUAGGGAAAGGAAGGUUGAGAAGCAUGACAAGUGUGAGAAACAAGUCCAUUGGCACAACAAGUGUUGCACCAAAGAACAAUAUCAAUAUUGUGCCUCAAUCCGAGAAUUUAUUCGAAAAACAAACAACAAAGUCUAGUACUACAAGUCGUGUCACUCAUGAAGAGUACCCUUUGGGAAAUGAUGCUGAAAACAAUGAUGAGAAAAAGCAAGUGAUUGUCACAAAGAGGAGGAUGAAGCUUGGAAUGGUGAAAGCUCGAUCCAUAAGCAGCUUGCUGGGGCAAACCAACACUGAAAUUGUUGCCAUAGCUGAGGAUAAUGAUAAGAAAUAGCUAAGUAAGGCAAAAAAAAAAAAAAAAAGAAGAAGAAGAAGAAGAAGAAGAAAAUAACUAAGUGCAUAAACUGCUAUUAUUUCAUGUAACUUGUGUUUGAAAAAUAUUUUUAAUAAUGGACCUUGUUGUCUUAUACCUACAUGGGUGCAACUUCUUCCUAACAAACUAGCAUGGGUGAAGCUUUGGUUUCUUGCUUCCAUGUUUUGUAUGUUAUCGUUUUCUUCAUUUUUUGUGAAGCUUUAUUUUUAAAUUUAUUUA